AUGGCGGCUUCAAUGGUCAAUGGCACAGCUUUAACGACGCCCAUAGAAGUCUCUUUCCCUCUUCCAAGAGCACCGCAAACAAAUGCGCACCUCCAGCUCACAGACAACCGCACCUGCCUCGUAAUCUUCCUCACAACGACAACAUCUGAAUCGUCCACACUGGCGUCAUUGGGCAGCUUCGUCUACGCCAUGCCAAAUAGAUCUUCUCCAUCCGAUGUCUUCAGCACCCCGCUCUACACCUACGCCGGCAACUUGGACUUCACAACGCGUCUCGCCAAAGUGCUGGCACGAAAAGCGGGAAAGCCGGUUUAUGUCGGAAACUCUAUAAGCUUCGCUAGUGCAGGGAUGGGUGGGACUGUGGAAGAGGAAAUGGAGGGGUUCCGUAGGUGUGUGGAGGUUGUGAUGGGCCUGUUGAGGGUCAAUGAAAAGAAGGUGGACGGAGACUGA